AAUCACUGACAGGCAGGAUAUUGCAGACACGCGUGUUAUUUCCCUGUAGCCGGAGCACCUGACGGACAGAGACAGCCUGAGCUCAGUCCGCAGCCGACACAGCAGGAGAACAGAUGUUACUGACACGGAGUCUACUCACCUGGGCGCUGAUCCUCUCAGCUGCAGGUCCUGCGUCCUCUCUCCGAAAUGUGACCGGGAUUCAGGGGGGGUCGGUGGAUCUGUCUGUGAAUCUGAUGCUUCCUGACAUUCAAAAUAGUGCAAUUGCAUGGAGCUUUAACAGCAACGUGCUAAUUGUGUCACAAUUUCCAAACGGUUCUCCUAUUUAUAAUACCGAGUAUAAAGACAGAUGUGAACUGUUUGUAAAUACAACCCUCCAGUUGCGUAACCUGACAGCCGCUGAUCAGGGGGAAUACACGCUGACUGUCCAGGAUCUCACUUCUUCCACCACAAGAACAGAAUCCCUCCGUCUUAUGGUUUACAGUAUGCUCACGCCUCCAGGUUUCACUUUUCUCCCUGCUAGUGAUAACCAUCCAGUUAAUGGCACGAAUGCGACCCUUCAUUGUGUUGCCCGGGGUCAGACUGUGGAUUCUUACAGCUUUCACCGUGGCAAAGAAGACGCCUGCUCCCAGGCCCAUGUCACCUGUGUGGGACCCAACCUGAAUUUCCACCCAAUCUUACAGACUGAUGAAGGGAACUAUACCUGCACCAUCCAUAACCCCAUCAGCAACAGCACCAGCGCCUUCCUACACGUGGGAGUGAGAGUUCCUGUUUCUGAAGUAAUGUUACAAAGUAACGAAAGCGUUAACAAGUUGCUGUGGGUAGGAGUGGAUUCAGUGUCUCUGGAUUGUACGGCCCUCGGAACCGAAGUCCAAUUUUCCUGGAAUUUAAAUGGAACUCGACUGCCAGCAGACCCCCGAUACCACUUUAGCCAAAAUAACUCGACCCUCACUAUCAGCCCUGUCCAACGGAGUGAAGAAGGAACUUUCACCUGCACGGCCAAGAACUCUGUGAAUAACAUGACUAGUAACCCACUGAAUCUAAGCAUAGCCUUUCAUCCAGAUGACAACAUUAAAUGCUCUGCAAGUGCCCAUAAUGAAACAGUCCAGCUCCAGUGUUCUUGGGAAGGUGGUGUCCCUCCUGCAGAAGUGCGUAUGCAGUUCCAAAAUAUAAAUGAAACAGGCCAAGAUCGAGUGAUUAACAACGUGGCCUUCAACACAACUCAGCCUGGAGAAGAGCUGUUCUGCUAUGGUUCCCAAGUUGGAAAAGAGGUAGCCUGUGCACUUAAAUUAGGUGCACCAAAGGCUGAGAAUUUCAAGAAUGAAAGCACAUCAGAAGUGCCAGAAGGCACAUCGGUAAAUUUAAUAGUGAGUCUGAUCCCCAGUACUAUGGGACUUAGGUCUUUAGUACCAGAAGCUCAGGUUCUACCUGCAACUUUCACAUGGUACCGCUACGCACCACAGCCCAGCCCUGUUACCGAUGGAGAAAAGUUCAAGGUGAAUUCUACUGAGUAUGUGUCCACUCUAACGGUAUUUUCAGCGACGCCAAAUGAAAAUGGAACUUACGAAUGUAGAGCGCAGAACCUGUUUGGGACCUCUAGCUUUUUCUUUGUGGUCAAUGUGACAGAGAAUCCAGAUCCACUAACUUCACUAACUACUGCUACAAUUUUGUCAGUUCCUCCUAGGCCACCAGGAGGACUGGAUGGUGGCGAGAUUGCAGGCAUCGUGAUCGGAGUACUCGCAGGGGUGGCCAUCAUUGGAAUCAUUAUCUACUUUAUCAUAAAGGAGAAGAAAACAAGACAAAUACACCUCUAACCAGGAAACUAUAGUAUAACAGAUGAAGCACCGGCAAGCUUUACUUGAUCACGUUACAGACUCAAAAACAUGCGUGACAUCAUAAAUAAAACACCUAGAAAAAAAAUAAAAGUUCCAACAAACCCUAUAAAGUGAUUCAAGUGUCUCUCUUCUGCCUCUCAUUGGAUUGUAUCUCCGUUUCACUGUUUUGGGGUUUGAUACUAUUUUGUUUGCAUUUGCAUUUGGCUUUUGUGUCUCUGGUUAGCAUUGCACUUGUUGUAUUUGUAUAUAAGUUACAUGAUUGUCUGUGUGUGUAAUUAUAGCUCCCGUUACUUCUCUUUUUCCUGAUACCUCACCGACCUUUGACCCGUUUAACUAUAAUUCGCUAAACGCAGGUUAAUAUGUACUGAAAAUAUGGUCUGCAAGAAAGCAGUACUCUUGCUUGGUAAAUUUUUUCCACCCUUUCAAUUUUUAAUGGACGCUUUAUGGCGAUAAUAAAUUUAAGACCAGCUUAUUUUGCACCAAUCAGUCCCAUCGUAAUGCAAAAAAAAUUGUCCCAAAUAAUUAGCCAUAAUCCAUACUACACUUGCAGCAACCAAGUUCCUCAACCCUUUGGAUGAUCUCAGUAGGGUUGUCAAAAUAGAUAAUACAAAUUUGAAAGAAAAAUGAUCUUAACGUCGCUUUGACGUUUAUUUUUACCGGGAACUUCUCUAAUAAUCCUUCCUCCCGAGCCUCUAUGCAAAUUUCCUUCUUACUGGUGUCAAAGGUCUGUGAGUUGGCAAUGAGUAACCAAUGAAUGAAAUGAAACCUGUUGGUGACCAGGGUGUGCGAUCAUUGGGAGAUAAAUAUUUAUGGCGUGGUAUUAACAGGCUGUGGAUUCCGUUCCUUAUAUAAAUAACAGGCAAUCUUGCUAUCUGCUAAAACGUGCAUUAAAGGUGCUGUUCCACUUACUUAAUUUAACAUUCUAAUCAAAUACAGCCUUAGAAACGUCAUCUUGAGUAUUCAUGAUCAACUAAAAUGUUUUCCUUAUUUAUAAUUUUUGACCUCAACACUUAAUUGUCAUAUGACUCAAAAGCAGGCACCGAUAGGUUGUUGCCAUAUACACAGGGGAAAAAAAGCUUCUUAAAAGAUCCUGUGCUAUUUAAUGUGAUUAAACCUUCAAAGCAAAUGAUGUAAUGGCUGAUCUGCUACGGUUUAUUUGCUUAAUAUACUAGAAGGUGCAAUUGAUAUUUUGUCUAAGAGGAACAACACCUUUAAAUUUCAGAUGUAAUGUGGUAUCUAAAAGAAAAAUUGGUUUAAAAGCAUGCAACACAAAAUGAAUUUGAAUCCAUUUUGGGUCAAGGUUCUAAGGGUAGAGCACUUGGCGGUUGACGUUGAUGUGUGUUUUGGCGGUGAUUGCUGUGUUUUGCGAGCUUAAUGUCCUAGCGCCUGCCGGGUUGUUUCUGGGAAUUGUGAUUUAGGUACUCUUUUCUCUUCUUUGGUUGCUAUCUAUAUGUGCUGCUGCUUUUUUUCAUUAACCCUUCUCUGUCCUACAGAGAAAGCAAAGGCUAAGACCUCCGG